AGCUAUCUGUUGAACAGUGCAAAUCAGGGGAGCCAUGGAAGUCGUGGAAAUGAAAGUUAUGGAAGCAAAACCAUUCGCUAACUUGAAAGAGCUCUAUGAUAAUUUGGGUAACUUGAAACGAUGGCCACGAAUCAAGGAACUGAGAGAAUCAACUGAUUACGUCUAUCAAGGCUCCGAAAUAAGUGGUCAAACGUUACAUCUGACAAAAGUGGACAGACUGGAACAACCAAGAACUUUACUGUGUCAUGAUAUGAAAGGUGGUUACCUCGAAGACAGAUUUAUAGAUGGGUCGAAUUCUUACAAUUCUUAUUUAUUUUAUCACUGGAGCGUUAUAGAUACGUUUGUAUACUUUAGUCAUUAUUUUAUAACUAUACCACCAUUUGGAUGGAUUAAUGCAGCACACGAGCACGGUGUCAGAGUUCUUGGUACUGUGAUUACCGAAAGAGAAGGUAUUUGGGAUGUAAUACUUGAGUCACAAGAGGAAGCAAGAAAGUUUGCAGACGCUCUCGUUCUCGUUGCAAGGUUUUAUAAGUUUGAUGGCUGGUUGUUGAAUGUUGAAAAUGCAAUUAAAAAAGAACAGAUUAAUAAUCUUAUUUAUUUCGUGAAAUACCUAACAGAAAAUAUUCAUGAUGCUGUGAGAGAUUCUGAAAUUAUUUGGUAUGACAGUGUAACCAAUGAAGGAAAAUUAAGCUGGCAGAAUGAACUUAACGAUCAAAAUAUCGAAUUCUUCUCAAAUUGUGACGGCAAUCUGAAUUACAAUUGGACCACGUCUAAGUUGCAAAACAGUUACACACUUGCAAAGAAUCAUAAGAGGAGUGUGAAAAAUAUUAUGUGGGUUUGGAUGUUGGGGUAGAGGCUGCCCUGGUGGUGGAGGUUUUAAACUCGGCAUAUGCUUUAGAAAAGAUACGACAAGAGGGACUUUCGGUUGCCAUUUUUGGCCAAGGUUGGACUCACGAAUUUUUUGGACCCAAAACAUUUUUAGAA